AUGCUCAAGACCAUCAUCUUCGUGGUAGCCUGCCUCUGCCUCUUCUCCGCUCAGGCGCUGGCCCAGACAACGACAACGCAGACCGUGGAGGCCACCAACGCAUCUGUGGCCUACGAGGGGGAUGCCGUCGGCGAGCCCACUGUGAAGAGCGCCAACGCAACGGGUGAGUGGGUGGUGUUUGGGUUGCUGGUGUUGGACAUUGUGGGCUUUGUUUAUCUGUUUCACCACUCCGGGGCCAAGCCAGGCUCCACCAGCACCGAUACCGACAAGUCCAUCGUUUACCAACGUCACGACCACAAAACGUCUCCCGUGGUCGUGGCCGCCACCGCCGCCGUCGCCAGCCCGGUCGCGGUCGCUGCCGAGGUCAGCCCGGCCGUCGUCGCCGCCGCCGAGGUCAGCCCAGCCGUAGCCGUCGUCGCCGCCGCCGAGGUCAGCCCGGCCGUCGUCGCCGCCGCCGAGGUCAGCCCGGCCGUCGCCGUCGUCGCCGCCGAGGUCAGCCCGGUCACCGCCGUCAUCGCCGAAGUGAGCCCCGCUGCAGCGGCCGCCGUGGUUGCUGUAACCACCCCCGUGAAGACCGCCCAGAAGGUGGUGUCGGUGUCGGCGACCAGCUCGGCGGCCUCGCUGCAGUCCUUCCUCUCCUUCCUCUUCUAG